CCGAGCGGUCGAGACGUGCCUCGUCGAUCCUCUCGGAAAGAGAGAAGCGUGGGGUCCGCGCUCGCGAUCGUCACCGCUGGUCUCUCCGCAGGCUGGGUAAUAUCUCGGACCGUUAAUAGGAGCUUACGAUUCGAUAUCGGCUCGUCAGCUCGAAAUCGCGGAAGAGCAUUCUCGACGAGGGUCGAGCGGGACAUCGGAGGAUCUCAUAGAAAGUAACGCAACCGUCUCGCUGCGACAUUCUCGUCGCAAGGAGGACGACAAGAGAAGUAGGAUACACGACUGUGAUCUACAUGACAUGUAAGCAUCUACGAGCUAGGAAUAAGAAGAAGAGCACACACACCGUGCCCCUGUACACGCACUUUACACGCUAACGAAGCUGCGGGGUCAGCGUCUCGCUGGAGAACCGGAUUGCGCGAUCCGCUGGAGGAGCCGCUGCUUCAGCUGAGAGAUCGCGGUCGCUCCCGGUGGAUGAUCUCGUUCGGCGCAGAUUCAGCCGGAGAACAAUGGAGCGAUCUCGGGCGCGAAGUGCUUGUCAACGGGUGCAUCGAUACAGAUAGUAGGAGGACUUGAUCGUGACCGGCACUUCCUCCAGACGAUAUUCGGCCCGAUAUUUCCCGUCCACGGGGCAUUUCAUGAUCGCAUUCCCCAUGAGAAUAACUAGCCUCGCUGUCACCGUAGCGAUCACCGUCACGUCGUCCCACCUGUUUGCGCCCGCAACGUUCCGUAACAACGUCACCCGAGAAAGAGUGCCAGACUGUGAUAUUACCCGGUGAUAGAGAACUCGCCUUAUAAUCUACGUUUUUACCUCAACGUACUCAAUGUUCGCGUAUCGAUUGAGUGUGAUCGUGACCCUGGUCCUUGCUGUGGUGUUUCUUGUGCCAGAAUCAGGAAAUGCACAAUCCGACAGCAGCUAUCAUCAGCUGGGCACGAGGAUGUCCGUGGAGGUGCCGCAGAGAUAUUGCGGCAGAAGGCUGUCCAAUAUUCUACAGACAGUUUGCACGGGCGUGUAUAAUAACAUGUUCAAGAAAAACGUUCAACAGGAGGACAGUAAAAUCCAACGUUCCAUCGAGGCCGGCACCAGGCGCAGUAAUAUGUUUUCAGGAUUGGAAAUGUCCGACUAUCCGAUCAAUUACGAGAGACCUUCUCUUUUUAUGACUGGGAUGGGGGCAACCCAAUUCAUAAAUCGUUACCAUGGCAGCCGCGUCCGAAGGCAAAGGGGUAUCUACGAAGAAUGCUGCCUCAAUGGGUGCACAGUGCAAGAAUUGACCACUUAUUGUGGUCCGUCACAAUAGUCGGUUUGUCGACAUUAAAUGCGUUCGGAGAUCGGUAAUUCUUCGACUUCCGCUUUAUCACUCGAUCACCAUGCAAAACCGGAUAUUUCAAGAUGAUACGCAUAUCUACAUAUACACACAUACACAUGCCGAUUACAAAUAGCAGAUUACGAACACACACGUACAUAAAUACACGUUAGAAAACUUACCGGCAAUCGUUUCAUCUCGCUCACGUUGAAAAUUAAUUCGUCAUAAUAACAUAUAUGUUUAUUGUAAUCGCGAAGAAAUUAAUCUUGUUGAUGCACGAUCGUGUGUAGAAUUGUAUUUUUUCUUUGAUUUCACGAGAGAGAAAGAAAGUGAGGAAAUAGUGAAAGAAAAGAAAAGUUUAUUUAAAUUACCGAUAUCCAAAUUACGAUAGCGAUUGUAAUCGUAUCGUCGAUGCAUAGUCAUCAUUAACACCGUUGGUCGAGCUACUUUCGCACGCGUGACCACGGGGACCCGCGCGUGAUAGAGCGUAAGAUCCAUUCUCCAUCGCGAAUGAAUUUUGGCGGGGACGAAUUCGCCUGAAGCGACGCGAUCUCUCAGAUCGGAUCGCGGUCGAAUGCGUGGCCGAUAAGAGAGACUUUCGGCCAAUGGUAGCGGUGCAUUGCGUUCCCCGAUACUGGUGAGCGAUCUACGUCGUGUACGAGCUUUAGUACGUACGCUCAGUGUCGUCCGGUGCUUCAUCGGGCACCGUCCUCGGUGCUUUCCCGAUCCCCCGAUCGCGGAAUCGCGACCAAGUGGGCGCCUCGCGCGAAGACCGGCCGCGACAUGCGCGCGACGGUGAAUAAAUCUGGUCGCUUGGUCUCAUCGCGAUGCCCGGGAAAGCCCUGACCUUCGAUUACUUCUGAGGAAUAUCCAUCUCGCUUCCAUCUCAGGACAAGUCAGAUCGACGAGGACCACGGGAGAAAUCGCCGGUGAUCGGUGAGAAGGACAAGAUGGACAGAGCGAACGGCCGGUGCAAUGGUAAGACUUUCGAUCCUUUACCCAAGCAUGAAAUUGAAGCAUGAUUUGCGGGACCAAAGAUUGGUCUCGUAAUUUCCCCCAAGUCCGCUUCACUUCGUGUCGAACGUUCGCACCGAUCCGAAUCCGUUGGCCGAUCUCUAUGCGUUCCAAUGUCCGAAAUUCUUUUUCACUGUAUAGCAAAUAUUACGUACUUGUUAGAUUGUCAGGUAAUUCCCCGGCCCCCGUUUCAGCUCUCUGGGAACACAUUAGUUUCAUUCAGCUGCAAUGUUUCCAGGUAAAACUGCAGGAAAACCCGUGCCGCAGUCUCUAACGCAUUACGUAUGAGACGACAUCGUUUGGCAUUCACAAAAGAAUGUGCUAUCGCAACGGAAAAGAUAUUUUCAAAAGGCGCUAUGUAAAUGAUAAAUCGUGGUUUAAAUGUCUAUUAAACACAACAUAAAUAGUGUUGUAAAUUCCUAAGUCGUGACUGACACAACGCAACAAAGGCGAAGUAAGAAAAUAUUUUGCCACGAACUCGUUAUAAUAACAACAUAUCCGUAACUUUUGUCUAUUAGUAAUAUAUCUUCGCAUACUGAUUUACGAUAGAUUAUUGAAGUAAUGAUGGUUGCGCGCAAUAGACGAUUCUUGGGGAGCUCGUAACUCAAAUCGUAUAUUAAUCGCCGGUCAAUAAUACAUAGAAUGACGGAUAUUAGUACGUAAUUUUUAGUCGUAUUUUCUCGUGAGGAUAAA